AUGCCCAUGCAGUCUCCCAAACCCCCACGGUGGAAACUAGAACUACCACCAAUAAUUAGGAAUUCCAUUGGAAUAAUGUCAGAUGGUGGACUUGGCAUGGCAAUGUUCAGCAUAGGUCUUUUUAUCGCAUCACAGACUAAUAUAAUAGCAUGUGGUACUCGGUUGAUGCUCUUAUCUAUUGGAUUAAGGUUUAUCAUAGGACCAGCUCUCAUGGCAAUUCCAUCCUACACCAUUGGAAUACGACAUACAUUGUUUAAUGUUGCAAUAGUUCAGGCAUCUCUUCCACAAGGAAUCGUACCAUUUGUUUUUGCUAGAGAGUAUGGCGUGCAUCCAGAUAUUAUGAGUACUGGGAUAAUUGUCGGCAUGAUAAUAGCAUUGCCAGUGGCACUUGUCUACUACUUCAUAUUAGGCGCCAAUUAA